GCGCCGUGUCCGUGGGGUAAACUUAACCGCGGGUAUUGAGCAUUUUUUCCAUCUUCUCAGCAGGGCCACAUGCGGACACUUCACCUCAGCGAGAUCCGGAACCAAUCUUUUCUAUGUUUAUAUGAAGCGCAAAUGUAGUUUCUACCGAUUUUUCAACCAACUUGUUUUUCUCAUUUUCACUUUGCGCGUGUCAGUUCACAAGCGCAUGAGAAAGCGAUUUUAUGAUGAAGAUGAAUCCCUAAAUCCCUUGUUCAAACUGUUAUAAAAGUGGAAAUUCUGCUUAAACAUUCCUGUCGAGAUGGAAAGAACCCCUUAAACAAGCCACUAUGGGGAAAUGGGAGCUGACUAUGAACCCAGUGCAGGAAUGGGGCGAGGAGGUGGAGGAUGGUGCUGUCUAUGGGGUGACUCUGCGCCGGGAGCCUGUGCCCUCCUCAGCUCCAUGCACGGCCUUUGUCCAGUAUCGGACAUGUAAAGUACGUCGUCUAAAGGCCGCUACUCUAAACCAGCUGGUCAACCACCUUCUGGACCCAAAAAACCAGGACCAAGACUAUGGCCAGAUUCUCCUGUCCACCUACCGCACCUUCACCUGCACCUCCACCCUCAUCGAGCGGCUCUUCCUCAGGGACAGUGCAGUGACAGAUCUGGACAAUACAAACUGCUACAACAGGCCUCUGCUGACCUUCGUACAGGCCUGGUUGGACGAUUAUAGUGAGGACUUCAGGGACCCCCCUUGCCACGCAGCCCUCAGGCUGCUGCUGGACCACCUGACCAUUAGCUCAGCCGUGCACUCACACAUGCGCAUGCAGCCCAACUUCUGCUCCCUGGCCGGGCAGGCGGCAGAUCUGCUAAAGAGUUUCCAGAAAGAAGAUGCUGAGUCCAAUCUGAGUACUACCCAGGAGCUAUCCCAGGCUGAGUACUGCCCCGCUGAUGACGACUCCGGAUGUGAAAACUCUCUCGAUCUUGCAGACGUCAUGGAUUUUGCAACUGUAGCAAUAGCAGAACAACUCACUCGCCUAGACGCAGCAUUAUUCGUCAAAGUGGUGCCUUAUGAAUGUCUGGGCAGUGUGUGGUCACAGAGGGACAAGGAGAACCUGUCUCCCACUAUCAGAGCUACAGUAGCACAGUUUAAUGCUGUGACUAACCAGGUCAUUUUGUCCCUGCUCUGUCCAUUUGUGGAUGCUAGCUCUAGUCCCACAUGCUCCGACCGACCCAGCUCCACCCCUGCACAGAGAGCCAGGAUCAUCGAGAAGUGGAUCCGAGUAGCACAGGAAUGCCGACGCUUGAAAAACUUCUCCUCUCUCAAAGCCAUCCUCUCUGCUCUGCAGUCCAAUGCUGUUUACAGGCUGAGAAAGUCAUGGGCUGCAGUAAACCGGGAUAGUAUGGCCACAUUUGAGAACCUUUGUGAAACCUUCCCAGAUGAAAACUGUGUUCUGAGCAAAGGGGAGCUUCUGGAAGUGGAGGAAAGUAAAGCCAGCAUGGAUAGCGUGUCUCCAAAGAUAUCCAAGAGGUGUCCGAUCUCCAGGCAAAUGAGUACGUCAUCUGGAGUGGUACCAUACCUGGGCACUUACCUGACUGUCCUGACCAUGUGGGACACUGCUCUGCCUGACACUGUGGAGGGUGGUCUCAUAAACUUUGAGAAGAGACGACGGGAGUUUGAGGUCCUGUCACAGAUCCAGCAGCUUCAGGCAUCCUGUUCCCUGUAUAAUCUCCAUCAGCAUCCACAGAUCACUGCAUGGCUACAGGGACGCAACCUCCUGUCCGACCAGGAGAGCUAUGAACUGUCCAGACAGCUGGAGCCGCCAGUAGACCUGAGCUCCCCAACAGCCUGGAGUCAUCGCUCCAUCACAAAGAAACUCUCCUUUCUCCGCUCCAUGAGUGAAGGGUCUAAGAAGUUGCCUCCAGACCAGAUUAGCGUGUCUUCCUCUGGCUCCAGUGGCUCUGAAAUGGAAGAUCUGUCUUCUCCGAAUUCCAUCCCCCUUCAGACCUUCUCCAGCUCUUGCAGCCGUGAGUCAGUCUUCUCCACUGAAGUGUCCUCCCACUCUCCCAGUCCUUCCUCCUCCUCUUCAUCAGACACUCACCUGGACUCCCUGUGCUCCCCCCCAGCCUCGGAGUGUGGAGGGGCUCGGCCAAAAGAUGGGAUGGGAUCACACAAGCGCUCCGUUUCCAUGACAUCACUUCCCGUUUACAACCGCCAAGUGGCGGAUUCCUGCAUCAUAAGAAUCAGUGUGGACUCAGGCCACAACAAUGGGAACAUGUACAAAAGUAUACUGUUGACAAGCCAGGACAAGACUGCCCAGGUCGUCCAAAGAGCUCUGGAGAAGCAUAAUCUUGAACACAUGAACUUUGCCGAUUUCACAUUAACACAAGUUAUCUCAUCAGAAAGAGAACUGCUUAUACCAGACAAAGCUAACGUCUUCUACGCAAUGUCCACUACUGCAAACUUUGACUUUGUUCUACGUAAAUAUGAACAAGAUCAGAAGAAACCACUGAGUUCCACUCAGAGUCUGGGAAGAUACACAAAGUAACUGAUGGACAAAAAUCCACAAAAAGCACUUUAUUAAGACAAUUUAUUGAGAAACUUGUUACUAGAGCUUAUAACCAGACCAUGGAUUGUGACAUGUGCUGCCUUCACUGACCUCUUUCACACAGGAACAUUGAAAUCUGAGGAGCCAUUUCAUCUUUGCCAGUGGCUGCUUAGUAGCACCUGUGUGUUAAAAAGGAAAGUGGGUCAGGGAGAAACUAGUGGAGAUACUUUGAACUGUUGCCACGGGCAGCAUGGAAAAAUACUUGUCCUACCAACACUCUACAGGGACAUUGAACUUCAAUGGAUGCAAAACAUAAAAAAUAGUAAAAUAUAAAGAAAAAAGCUUACUUGGCUUCGAGUGUCAGAGAAAAAUGUAUUUCUUUUCUAAUAUGGACUGUAUUCAGUCAGAUUUGCGGAUACAUGGAGCAAUCAAUUUAAAAAAAAAAGAUAUUCUGUCCCCUUAGAAUUCUAGAGUUCUGUCGGCAUUCUGGAUAGUUUUUUUUUAUAUUGAAUUUGAAGAAUCUAGAAAAAAUAUCACAUUUUUCUAACGUGCGUUGUCAUUGUGAUUUACAACUUAUGUUUUCAUAAUAGGAUUCUGUUCAAAGUUUACAUUUUAAACUCGCCCAGAAGAAUUGACAAGAAGACUGAAAUAUGAACUGAGAAACUAAUACAAGACAUUUGUGAACAUGUUUGUACAAAUCUUAGCUACAGGGUUAGCGAUUAUUUAUGCAAAAUAAGACAGAAUAUUUUGUUGUUUGUGAAAGAAAAUAUGGUAUUUCAAAAAUCUGAUAAUUGUGUUGAUUAUUAUUAUUAUUUGAUUGCAAUUAAUAUUUCAGGCCUGUUCUGAUUCAUCGAGCAUAAUGGAACAGGGUCAUGGGGUUUUGCUCAUGGAAACCUAAAAACCCUACUUUUUUUUUUUUUUUUUUUCCUUAAGGUAUAUGAAUAAUGAUUUUGACAAAACCCCAUAAUCUAAGGGGACAUAUUGUGCAGUAGCUCUCAGUAGCUACACUGAGCAUAAUGCAUUAUCUCUUGCUUCAUAUAUUAUUGUCAUGCUUGUCGACGUUGCGGUAUCACCUUGACUUGUACAGACUGGAGGAAUGGCAUUCUUUAGUCUGACAAAAACAUCUGAACUUCUGAAGACUGCACAAAGCUAGGUGUAUCUGAGCUAUGUUCACUAUUUUCUUUGCACGUAGGCUCACCUUAAUCUCUUUGAUUGUAUGGAAUGAUAGUAUGGUGUAAAUGAAUGUAAGUAUGUACAUCUUUUGAUGUAUUUAAUUUAAAUUUGAUUUUUUUUUUUUUUUACAAUGUUGAAUUGUACUGCUGCUAACACAUCUGACAACACAUCCAUCAUUUCAGUAGUGCGUUGUAAUGUUAACUUCAGUUCUAUGGUAAGAUUAUUUAAGAUUAUUUUAAAUAUAUAGUUAAUUUAACAUACACAACAUCUUGAGACAUUUGUUCAUUGGUUUGAAUGUAAUGUUCUAAGAAAAUAAAAACAAAUUCAGUCCAUUCAGUCU